AAAAUUCAUGUAAUAAAAAAUUGUAUUUGAUACCCACAGUUUAUCUCAGAUGUAAAUGUUGAUCCUUAUUGAGAUGUCCAGAAGAAUAGAGGGAAAGCUACAAUUUACUUGGAUAGAAACUUUAAGAAGCAAAAGACUUUGAAGAUAAAUUGCAUCAUAUGAAUGAUGAAGAUCAUGAAUGGGAGAAAUUGUAAAUAGAAUUGGAUUGCACACCUCAUAACAUAAAGAAUAGCAAUUAUAUUAUUGGUAUUUAAUUGAAAAAUCAAUUUAGUUAGACAUGCUUUGGCUUGGCAUAAUUAUUUUAAGAGAGCCACAGAAUUCAAGAAUAGAAAUAUUUAUAGUUAUGAAUUAAUGGAUCCUCCUCUUCAUUAUUUAGGUAAAAAGUAAUGCGAAAAAAUGAGACCUGAAAUCAAUUUGAUGGAAUUUGAUAAGGUUUAUAUUUCACCUCUAUUAAGGUAAUUAAUUUUAUAAUUACUUUAUAAUAGAACUAUACAAACAGCCUAAUUAUUAUUUUAAGAUCAUCCUUAGAAAGAUUAAAUAUAAUUUAUUCUAUGUCCUCACAUAAGUGAAAAAAUCAGUAGUUAGUAUUCAAUCUAUAAAUGGGGAAAUAUAACAAAUAUUCUUUAAGAUGUAUUAUAAUUAUUAUCAAUAGAAUAAUAAUCCAAUUAAAUUUGAUAUAAGCGAAUUACCAUAAGAAUUAGAGUUUUGGUAAUUUAUCUUAAUUGGAAAAUAAGAAAAAGUUUAAAGUUUAAAACCAUGCAAAGAGGAUUAAGAACAAUAUUUAGUUAAUAAAUUUGUCAAAAAAGGAUAAAAUAUUACAUUAGAAAAUACAAAUCAUGCUGAAAAUAGAGUGAAAAUAUUUUUAGAGAAAUUAAAACAAAAUUAGAUAAAUAAAAAAAAAAUUGGAAUUGUUUCUCAUUCAUAAAUAAUUAAAAUAUUAUUAGCUUAGACAAAUAUAGUAAUUGAUACAAAAAUAAGAAAUGGAUCAGUAAUUGGGAUUAAUAUUUGA